CGGGUAUUCUCAACUGUUACUCACGUCAAGGUCACCGUUCCACUGUGGAAUUACUAUUGUUGUCCAUGCUUUCUUUUCCUUUCUUGUUCGAAGAAAUCAGGAAAGUUGGAAUUCCUGUUAAUUUUAAAUAAAGUUAGUCAGUAACGCUUUGCUGGUAACUAUACUGUACCUAUGACAAAUUGGAUUCUUAUCAGUUGAAUCUAAUAUGCGAGUGGAUGACUUCCUUCAGGAGCAUAUUCAAACAGUUUCUGGGAGCAUUUUGGAGCUCAUUCAAAAAGGGCUGUUCUCAAACGUGACUGUCGUUUUUAGAGAUUAUGAAUUCAAGUCCAAUCGUCUGCUUUUAGCUAGUUCCAGUGAUUAUUUUAGAGCUUUAUUCAGUUUUCAGCAAAAGUCAGUAGAAGAACCUCGAUUGGAAAUAAAAUAUGACCAUGUCUCUCAUGUUGGUAUCAGUCAUGUCAUGCUAUUCAUCAAUUCAAUCGGUCAAGUUUAUGAUUCUAUCCCUGUUGAAGAUUAUCAGGAUGUUUACAUUGCAUCAAGUUUCUUGCAAGUACAUUCUUUGCAAAAGAUGAUGAGCUCUCGUUUGGAGGGUACUCUUUGUGUGGACAAUGUUCUGAAGAUUAUGAAUUUGGCUCAUUGGUUUGACGAUGAUCAGUUAUUCAGAAAGGCUAUUUUAUUCCUUUGGCAUGAAUUCCAACUAAUUGAUUAUUCUUCAAAUGAUUUUGUCAAUUUAAAUACAAAACAAAUUACAUAUAUAUUUCAAAGUGAUCAGAUCAAUAUAUCUCAGGAACGUAUCGCCCUAGAAGCAAUACUCACAUGGCUUUGUCAUGAUGUACAGAGUCGGAUGGAUUUUUUUAAGAAUAAUUUUUUCCAUCUUGUGAGAUUACCCCUUCUGACUAGACGUGAAUUAUUGGAGAUCAUCGGCAAUCCAAAAUAUCGUCUAGCCAAUGAUGCUUUACAAUUUUUAUUUUUGGCCCAUAGUUGUUUAAAUCAUCCAUCAUUUCUCAAUGAAUUAGAUAAUUAUACAACAACAAAUUUUAGAGAUUACCAAUACUUAAGUAGUUCACUUAUGGAUCCUAAACAAUAUCGAGCAAGAGUUGGAACUGUAUACCGGGUCUAUGGACUUGGUGGGGAAAGCGAUUCAAAUAAUAGUACUUUGAUGUCUUAUGGAUCACAAACUAAUGAAUUUGUGGUGUACAAUGAGGAUUUAAGCGUUGCCACAGUGUAUCCACCUCCAUAUGCCGCCUCCAGAGUACAUCAUGCUAUGGCUGCUUCCCUUAAUUGGAUAUAUGUAGUUGGUGGUGAAUCUGAAGAGGGAGAAUUACUCAAUCACUGUUGUCGUUACAGUUUAACAGAUCAUGUCUGGCAUUCAAUGAGUGAGCUUGAUUGUCCUAGAUCACAUCAUGCUUUAAUCUGUAUUGAAAAUUAUCUCUACAUAUUUGGAGGUUAUUGUUUAAACUGGGCAACAAAUUAUUCACCUGCAAGUGAUUCAAUUUUAGUUUAUGAUAUUUGUACAAAUCAGUGGAGUAAUUCACAUCAUAAACUACCAUUCAGUUUAGUGGAUACUUGUGCAUUGCUUUUAAUGCAUAAAGGUCUAGUCAUGUUCGCUGGUGGUCUUAAAGAAUACGGUGAUGAAAUGCGUCCAUCUGAUUGUGUUUUCCUGUUCGAUCCAACCGGAGAAGAUGGUGUUAAUUUUAAAUUUUUACCAAAAUUACCCGAACCAUUGAUAAGUGUAGCAUUAGCUUGUGAUGCAUCAGAGGAGCAAGUAUUUUUAUGCGGUGGUAGAAAGUCUGUAUACGGUUCCACACUUAGUGAUAUUUCGAAUAAAGUUUACUCCUUCAAAUUUACUUCUAAUUGUUGGACUCAAAUUACUGUAUUGGAUUUUCCACGUUAUAACGCCUUUUCCUGUGUAUUAGAAGAUAAAUUAUACGUGAUUGGAGGAAUUACAGUGGAUGAAGUUAUCGAGAAUACUUCUAGUUCAUUGAUAGCCUCGCUAAUCGAUACUGAUUACGGGGAUAAUUCUAUAACAGAUAGACAGUUGAACAGUACUGAUGAAGAUGAUGAUAAUAAUAUAUCUACUAAUUUAUUAGAACAAUUUUCUGUCGGUAAUUAUAUUCGUCCAGAUAUCUUACAAGCUCCAUUUAGACCAUGUCAUUUCACUGAAGGUUGGCAAAUAAAAUCAGCUUCAUCGUCAUCAUCAUCGUCAUCUCCGUCAUCAUCACCAUCCUCUUCGCCAGCAUCAACGAGUAACUCUUAUUCAACAACAUUAAGUCAAUCCCGUCCAAAACGAUUAAAGCUAUCACUGGCUCGGUAUAAAAAUCGUCUACCUGUAAUAUCAAGAUGUUAUGCUGUAUACUGUAUAGCACCGUAUUUACAUUCUGUGAAACAAUCAGUUAAUAUACGAAAUAGUAAUUACACUUGAGUUUAUUGUACAGGAUAAUUUUACUGUUGGCGUUUAUCUUUGUACAUUUGUAAUAAUGUAUUGUCUUUCUUCUCAACUUGUACUAAUAGUGAUAAUCAAGUGAUAAUAAUAAUAAUAAUCAUUUCAACAAGAUUUUUAUGAAUGAUUUGUAUUUGUAUCCACUACCUUUGUUUGUCUUUCGUCGUUUGUUCUUUCGUUCUCAGUUUCGUUCCAGUUUCUUAUUCCAUUCUAUUCUAUUUUUGGCCUUUGCAUUCAUACAGUUUAUACUACUUAUUAUUGUACUGAAAUAGUUAUUCUAUAAAUUAUACGGAUUAAUUAUCCUAAGAUUGUUUUUUUUCUUUCAUGAAAAUAUGAAAAUAAUGUUUUUGUUUGUAUUUUAAAAAAAGUAUCCUUUUUUUCUAUGCAUUGUUAUUAUAUUUGCUUUGUGCGCAUAGUUAGUUAAAUAGCGGUGUGAUUCGUUAUCAUGUGGUGUGGUUGACAAUAUUUUCCUUCUUUUUUGUGAUGGUUUAUGAGGUUUUUCAUUUUUCUCUUUGUCACACUAAUACUGAGUAACUGUAUGUCCAUAUGAUAAAGGCAUGUGAGG